GGCGAGGCUUUAUAAAUCGCGAGGAUGCACGUCGAAGCAGUGACACCUCGGCCGACGACGGUGAAAAACGCGUGGCCGCGAACCAGGAGGGGCGAACGUGCAUUUUUCACACUUGAACAUCGUGAGUAUCGUAUCCGUGGUACGCGAUUAAAGACGCGGCGCGAAAGUUUCCAACAAAUGACAUCGGAAAGUUUUCAGCUGAUGAUCAACGAUCGUUCGCCUUAACUCGUAUUUUUCUCGCGAAAAAGAUGGUAAAAGAUUCCUCCCUUCCUCGACGGUGGGGUUGAAAUCUCGACCAGACGGAUAGUUUGAUCGCGAUUAAUUUACCACGCUUCCUAAGUUUCUUCCUCGUUUUAUCGACCUCAAUUCGGUGUUUCGACGAGUCCAAGUAUUCGAAAUAACGAAUCUCCCAAGGUUUCUCAAACACAUCAAGAAUGAUAUCGACACUUCGACGAACAAACAUUUCGCCUGCCAUAUUGCCAUACUUUAAUGUCGAUCGUUCACGUCGGGACCAUUCAAUCGGUUAACUUCCUCGGAAACAGAUCGACCAGAACUCGCCGCCCCGAGGAAGAUUGCGAGAUUCUUCGACGCGACUGGUCGACGCGCUUCCACCUACAGUAGCAUCGAUCGUUGCAAAUUGGAUUGCUGUUAAAGACUGAGCGACGAGGGGACCACCUUGGAGCCGAGCAGACUUGGUGUUCAGUGCCGCCGGUAUCAGCGCGAAAUUUCCAGAGAGAGAGAGAGAGAGUGAAUUUCGGAGUUCGGAGCAACGUGUCUUAAUUCGCCACGGGAGAAAUACACGUUCUAGCACCUGGGAUGUGGCGUAAACGAGCGUGACCGAGAGAAAGAAGGGUCCGCGCGGAAACUGCACGUUGCGUGUUCGCGAAUGAGACUUGUUAGCAGCGGGCUUGUAGCGAGAGUCAGUUAGCGGGUGAUCUUGACCAUUGACGAGCAGGAGGAUGCAACCACGGGUGACAGUGGCUCUGGCCACGGUCUGGCUGACGGUGGCGGUUCUGAUAGGAGGAGCAGUCACCCUCCGCCUCUCUCACGAUCAAUACUCCCCCGCGCCUCCACGCCGACACGCUGGGAUUCGACGAGACUAUGCUAGAGACUGGAGGGAUCACGAUCCGGCCGAGGAUCAACCGCUCGACCUUUGGAUCGGCUCGCGAAGGUCGAUCUCUGCGGAGGAAGCUCUAUCUCGCAAUGCCAAGUUUACCGAGCGAGAUUUUUCGCUUGAAAGUCUCUUGAAGGACAUUGUCUCGUCAAAGCGAAUCUACCCCUUUUCAGACUGGCAAAGGCGGUUGCCGAAUAUCGUCGGCGCGGAAUUCGCGUCCGACAAAGUCGAUUACGGCUACAAGAUGCCGGAAACGCUUUCCCGCGAGACGGUGGUAUCCCCUUCAAACCUUUUGGACGACCCCUUUGUGGCGGACGACACGUUCCAGGAUCAAGGUCCGGGGUCGAUGGAAAUAUACAAGCUAGACCUAUCCAAAGAGAAGACUCUACUGACCGCAACCACGCCCUCCACAAAUUUACCGUCGGGAAAUAAAAGCAAAGCUCCAAAAAAGACGGGCCAUCUGAAUUCAAAGACAAAGACAACGGAAAUCAAGCCGACAACGACAAAUGCGAACAUUAGUCAGAGACAAUCAAACUUUUUCGAAGAACAACUAACCGAGACUCCCUUGGUCAACAGAGACGCCUUUGGCAUCGGCGGCGUGCCGGAGCUACAGGUUGGAUGCGAGGGUCUCGAAGCGUCGUCGUCGUCCCACAAGGCGAAAAGAUCGAUAGAUACGCUCGACAAGGAGAAGGGCGAGGUACCGCCGUCCGUAUUGCUGGACGUGACACCGGUAUCCCUGGAUCUCGACGACGUUUUGUCAUACGACGAAGAAGAGUAUGAGGAGAUGGACGAGCUACUCAAGCUCAAGAGACUGGAGACUACCACGAAAGGGAACAAACCGAACAGGGGAGAUAUGGAUGCGAGCCAUCUUAAUUCUGACCAUCUGGACGAGUUCAGGCGACUGGAGAAGUUACCAGUACGAGGAGAUUUGGGUGGAUCCACUCCAACGAAUUCUAGCGGAGCCAUAACUGACCAAAAGGAAUUGUCCAAGCGAUCUCUGACGGAUCUCGAAAUUAAAAAUUACGAGGAGACCAAACCGAAGCGAGAAACCGUUUUAUUGGGCGAUGAUGAUGGCGCCAGCAGGAGUCAUGGUCGACGGUUGCUGUGGUUUGCCGAAGCAAAUACUGAGGGAUUUCCAGACGGCAAAAGCGAGCGGAAGCGCACGAGACGGUCGAUCGAUUGGGGCUUCGGCGAGGAUGAAGGUGUCGUGUCCAGCGACGAGUUGCAGACCGUGACUGCACGUCGCAGGCAGCACGAGAACCGAUAUCAUCAAGAUAUAUCUAGCAGACGUGACCAGCAUCGUGAAUUAAAUACUGACAUCGAUAGUAUUAGACAAGAGUACGAGAAACUACUUGAACAAAAACGAAGAGAAGAGGAAGAACAUAUACGACGAAUGCAACAGGCUAAUCGAAGAACGACGAGUAGAUGGGAGGAGGAAGAAAAAAGAAGAAGAGAUGAGAUGCGGAGAAGACAACACGAGGAAUAUCGUAAAAGGAUAGAUCACGCUUCAACACCUCGCAUAGACAACGAAGAGACGCGACGACGACAAAUGGAAGAACGACAAAGACAGGAAGCAGCGCGCAAUGAGAUGGCUAGAAAAAACGAAGAAGAAUUAAGAAGGCGAGAAGAAGAAGAACGAAGACGACGAUUACAAGAAGAAGAAAUGAGAAGACCGCAGAGCAAAUGGCAGGAGGAAAACUUGAGAAGAUCAGACUCUAGAACCUCUCCUGUAAGUGACGAAGAAAGAAGACGAAGACUUUACGAUGAAGAAAUGAGGAGACGGGAGGAAGAACGACGAAGACGAUUAGAAGAAGAAGAAGCAAGGAGACAGGAACAGUACAGAUCGCAGCAGGAAGCGCAAAGAAAAAGAGAAGAAGAGGCAAGGAGGCGUCAAGAAGAUCCAAUGAGAAAUCUUUCCGAGGAAGAUAGAAGGAGACUAGAGGACCGUCGUAGAGAAUGGUCAGAGAAGCGGAAGCAGGAAAACGAAAACGAAAGAAGGCGAGAGCAGCCACCAUCGAAUUUAAUGCGCGCGGAACAUCCAGUCAGUCAUCCGAACAAUAUCAGACAGCCUGAUCAAGACGAAAAGAGACGACAACAAGAAGAAAGACAGCGGGAACAGAAGCUGCGAGAAUAUGUCGCGCGGAAUCGACCUAUCAAUGUCGAUCGAAGAUCGGAAGAGAGACGACGCUAUCGACCCGAGGAGAACAGAGAUCCACGGAUGAAUGCGAGUAGAAACGAUGAGGAGUACCGUCGACGAGUAUUAGAGGAGCAGCGUAAAAGACAGGAAGAAGAGAGAAAAUUACAGGAUUACAUCAGGAGGAACCAGCCAGUAAACGUGUCAUCGAGGGAUAAUCAAUCGACCGCGGCCGGUCGUAACUGGUUCGAGGAGCGGAGACUGAUCGAGGAAGCCAGGCGUCGCGACAGAUAUCCCGAUCCAGGAGCGAGGAAAGUCCACGGACCGUCGGCGCCUACGUAUAUCGAUCCGCGAAGCUCACCGGAGGAAGUCAGACGGAGGCAGCAGGAGACGGCGAGAAAGUUAGAGGAGGAAAGGCGGUUGAGGUACGAGGCGGAAGAGCGACGGAAAGCACUCGCUAGGCGACAGAGAGAGGAGGAGGAGAAAGAAAGACGAUUACGGGAGGAACGGCGAAAAGAGGCGGCCAGACGAGAAGAGGAGGCGAGGAGGGCGCAAUCGAGGAGGUACGAGGAGGACAGGAAGCGGCUGGAGGUAGCGAGGAUACAGGCUGAGAGAAGAAGGGAGGAGAUGUUGAAGGAACGAUCCAGGAACGAAGCUGGAAGGACGAGACAGCCGGAAGCCACGAGGCCGAUCUACCAGGAUCCUCGACUUUUCGAGGAGCACAGAAGGCGGCAAGAUAGCCGGCCGAUUCCGAGUAGUAAUUUGAUGCGAGCCGAGGAGGCCAGGCGGGCGGCGGCAGAGCGCGAGAGACAAAGAUUGGAAGCCGAGAGACGACAACAGGAAGAGAGCAGAAUGAGGGAGCACAGACAGAAGGAGGCCGACCAGUGGAAACGACAAGAACUAGCCAGACUAAACUCCCUGCCGGUGAACGCAAGGAUAAUAGUCCGUCCUGGCGGCUCCUCGCCGACGUUGCCCGUGAUAUCGAGGGGCGGCUUCGACAACGAGAUCGAUUUCACGGGAAUCAAUCCGCAUCGCGACGGCGUACAAGUACCACGGUUUCCUGCCCCACCGACUCCGAGACCACCCGCCCAGACUCCUAGCGCGUGUGUUUGGGCAGUUGUUCACUGUUGUUCAGCCAAUAACAAUCGUCUCGUGAAGUGUUUCGAAUCAUUGGGCUGCCCUGGGAUUAAUUGGGAUCCUAACCCGUGCAGAAGUCCUAUCGCGGAUGCUGCCAGAAAAGAAGUCCUGCAGUUCUAUUCCAACGCGUAAAAUAACAUCGACAAGAUUCAGCCUUCACUGUUCCAGAGACAAAUAUCAACAGGAAAAAAAAGGCAAAAACUCUCUUCAACACCGACGGCUCUCUCUCUCUCUCUCUCUCUCUCUCUCUCUCUCUCUCUC